UCAACCAAAGCACACUUACAUACUUCAGGGCAAAAUGGUUGGGAGAUAUUCUCGUUUGUGUGGAUAUAUCUGUCUUCUUAUCCAGGUUUACGCGAAAGUGGACAACCCAACAUCAACUAUACUAUUCAGUAAACCAGGGGGAAUUGACAAGUUAUCUGUCAGUCCACCACAGUCAUCAGUAGCCCCUGUAGCUGCAGGCACGGUUCCUGUAUCUAUUGACUACGACCCCGUGGAGCAGAAACUGUAUCGGACAAAUGCUGCUCCUGAGAAGAUCAAAGCAAGAAACAUGAAAAAGAACACCGAGGAACUCAUCAUGUCCUUCAAUGCAAGUGCUGAUUUAUAUGGAAUAGCUGUUGAUUCUAUCGCCAGGAAGAUAUUUUACACAGACCAGGGAAAUAGGGUCAUUGCUGCCCUCAACAUAAGGGAGCGACCAUUUGAUUUCUAUGGGGGGCUCCUGAGAAGAUCAAAGCAAGAAACAUGAAAAAGA